GAUUUACAGGAGUCCUAAGCCUGCACCUUUAACCUUGAGCCUGCUCGCUGGCGACCUCCAGAGGGCCAGGAUGGUUUGGGACCGCUGUGAACGAGGACGCUUCUAGUUUUAAUGACUCUAUUUGCAUAACGGAGACCGAGCUUCCUCCCGCCCGUCUGCAGUGCCUUUCUUCCCUCUUUCUCUUAUCAACUGCACCAACCUCCCCCAGUCCCUCACUGCUCCACUCUGGUCCCCUUCUCAGGUGACUUACUCGGAGCUUGAGUCCCAGGCUCGUCUUCCCCGGCCCGGUGAGAUCCGGAGGCACCUGGGGGUGUGGAGUCCAGGACCAAGCCGGCCUGGGGAGCCGCCCUGGCACUGCCAGACCCUAACAAAGGGAAUAGGGUUGCCGGCCCGCGCGAGCGCGCGGUGGGCACAGCGGCCGCCGCCUUCCCGGCAGAGAGCGCUGCGAGCAGAGGUAGAGCCAACUGUGCCAAACUUAGCAGCCAGCCGUCCAGAGAGAAGCAAUCAGUGCUGCAGAAGUCCACUGAAAUGAACUGGCCCCCUUGAGCCUCUCUCAAUACCUGCUACCCACUUUCCAUCCUGAUGCUGAGAUGGUUUUUGAUCAUCCUGAGAAAAAUGAGCCUUGGCCUCCAGACCUAAUCAAGUAAACCUCUUUCCCAUGGAGAAUAGUGCCGGUAUUCCUGAGGAUCUGGAGGGCCAGAAGCCCCAGAGGGAUUAGCCAGAAGCAGGCUUGGUUCCUGCUCACAACCGUGGCUCUCCUGCCCGUACCUUUCAUUAUGAUUCACACCAACUUGAAGAAAAAAUUUAGCUACUUCGUGCUGGCCUUUCUCCUGUUUGCAGUCAUCUGUGUGUGGAAGAAAGGGAGCUAUGAGGCUCUUAAAUUGCAAGCCAAGGAAUUUCAGGUGACAAAGAGCCUGGAGAAGCUGGCCAUGGGGUCUGGUUCCCAGUCUACAUCUGCAAGCAUCAAACAAUACCCUAAGCGGGACAGUCAAGUUCUCAGUCAUCUCAGGGUCACAGCCAAGGUCAAACCACAGUCCCCCUACCAGGUGUGGGACAAGAAUUCCUCAUCCAAAAACCUCAAUCCCAGGCUGCAAAAGAUCCUGAAGAACUAUCUGAGCAUGAACAAGUAUAAAGUGUCCUACAAGGGUCCAGGGCCAGGCGUCAAGUUCAGCGCUGAGGCCCUGCGCUGCCACCUUCGAGACCAUGUGAACGUAUCCAUGAUAGAGGCCACAGAUUUUCCCUUCAACACUACUGAAUGGGAGGGUUACCUGCCUAAAGAGAACAUUAGGACCAAGGCUGGGCCGUGGCACCGGUGUGCCGUCGUCUCUUCCGCAGGAUCUCUGAAAUCCUCCCAUCUGGGCAGAGAGAUUGAUAGUCAUGAUGCAGUCCUGAGGUUUAAUGGGGCACCAGUAGCUGACUUCCAACAGGAUGUGGGCACGAAAACUACCAUUCGCCUGAUGAAUUCUCAGUUAAUCACCACAGAAAAGCAGUUCCUUAAGGACAGCUUGUACAACGAAGGAAUCCUAAUUGUGUGGGACCCAUCUUUGUACCAUGCAGAUAUCCCAAAUUGGUAUCAGAAGCCAGACUACAAUUUCUUCGAAACGUAUAAGAGUUAUCGCAAGCUGUAUCCCAGCCAGCCCUUUUAUAUCCUCAGGCCGCAGAUGCCGUGGGAACUGUGGGACAUCAUUCAGGAAAUCGCUCCAGAUAGGAUUCAGCCAAACCCCCCAUCCUCUGGCAUGCUGGGUAUCGUCAUCAUGAUGACACUGUGUGACCAGGUAGAUGUUUAUGAGUUCCUCCCAUCCAAGCGCAAGACUGACGUGUGCUACUACCACCAGAAGUUCUUCGACACUGCCUGCACGAUGGGCGCGUACCACCCGCUGCUCUUCGAGAAGAAUAUGGUGAAACACCUCAACGAGGGCACAGAUGAAGACAUUUACGUUUUCGGGAAAGCCACACUGUCCGGCUUCCGGAGCAUUCAGUGCUGAGCACAUGUCUCUAGCUGGGCACUCUCUGUCUUUUCCGUCACUCAUUAUAUGGCUAGUCUCCUGGUUAUCCAUGCUUGGAGGAAUGGUGUUUUGCUUUUUUUCCAAGCCUACUUUUUGCACUCUAGGGAAUUUUGUUGGCACAGCCUCUCUGGUUUCCGGAGUCUGAUGGCAAGGAGGCUGACCCAGCCUUUCCCACAGCCAGAGUAUAGGAGCUCAGAUUCCUGCCACACACAUUCCUCCCGAGACAACACCCUCCUCUCUUUCCACAUGGGCAGGGGGGAAAGAGCCUCAUUUCUCACCAGGCUUUCCAAAACUAGACUUUGUUUUUCUCAACUGAAUGAUGUUAUCCUCAUAAACCAGCACCCUACAUAGCUUGAAAUCUUUAUGGAGGUAUUGACUCCAUAUCUUCAAGAAACUCUUUCCAAGGCAUGAUUUGGGCCAGAUGCAGGGUGGCCCUGAGGGCAGGGAAGAGAAGCAAAACAUUGGUACAGGACGUGGAAGCAUACUUAGUUACUCCUGAGCAAAGUCGUCCUCAAGAGCACUUUUCUGGGAACAUAAUCCUGUUGUCAUUCUGUCCAGCUAAGCUGAUCCUCAAGCUUGGUGCUUGUGAAUAAAAGCUUUUGAGUGCCCCCCUUCCCUCUCCAUGGGAAGCAAAAGGUACAAAAAGCUCCUAUCUCUGUCCUCAACCCAGUUACCAUUGAGUAGAAGAGACAGACACCCAACAGGCAGCUAGAAUGCAAAUAUUCCUUGCGCUCAGGGUACUGGGCUUUAGGGAGGAAGGGCCUGCUGUCUGUACACCCAGGAGGAGCCAGCUCUACCAUUUUCUUGUAGAAAUGUGGCAUUGGGAAAGAGACACAUGUCAAGCAGAUGUCACCUGAAUCAGAAAAGCUGUGUUUUCCAUUCUUUCAUUAUCAUUUUCUGACCUUCUCUAAGCCCUUUGAGGACAAAGGGACCCAAGAUAUUUUUGUUAGGAAGCCCCUACCCGCUCUGGCAGCAAGUCCUGCCCUACAGUAGACAUCACGCGAGUCAGAUAGACGAGGACUCUUUUUAGUUUUUUUAAAUGUCUAUUCCCUAACCUUCUAACUGCCCCCCCCAUUACUCUCCCUUAAAGCAGCCCCCCUUCCAGAUUACUUUUAAUUGUCUUCUGUUUGACAGAUAUCCUGACCCCAACUUCUUUGACCUCAUGGGCUGUCCAUGGAAGGUCUCUCAGGGCAUGGGGACUAUGUUUUCUAGGACUUAGGUUAGAAUCUUAAUCAUGACUGAUGCUCACAAGGUGUGAGGUGUGUGAUUGUUGAUUGUUUUCUCCACCAACCCUGUGAGGGAGUGACACUGGUCUCUGGGCAGGAAACACCCACUGUGUUUGGCAAGCAUGCUCUCACAAGACUUUUCUGAGGCUCACUUAGCCCCUGAUGUAGAGUCAUUAGAUGACUUGUUUAUGGUUAAAAAUAAACCAAAAAAAUGAAGGCAAAUGAACAUAGGCCACUAAGCCCACUGGACUGCCAAGCCUGGCCCUGUGUGUCCACAGGGCUGGAGUGUUUGAGCCUCAGACCCCUGUUUACUGCUGACCCCUUGCCUUACCCAGACAACAGAAGCCUGAAGUGAAAAGCCCUGGGUUUCAGGUGGACCCCACUGGCUCACUGCCAUUUUACAUGCCAUCUCUUCUUUGAGCCCUUGUUUCCAUAUCUCUAAAAUGGGGGGUGACAAUCCUACCUCACAGGGCUGUGUGGGGACCACAGUAAAGCAUGUGGCCAGACUAUGUCCAUGGUGCAUAGGAAGUAGGUACCCUGCUGUCCUUUCUUAUUUAUCAUGAAGGGCCUGCAUGGCAUUCUCACCAGGGCUGGCCUUUGCUGCAAGGCAGGGCAGUGGAUAGGAACGUGGCAUCCUCUCUACUGUGAGGCAACCGCCCAUUUGUAGCUCUGACGAGCCUGCCCCUCCUUGCUGCCUGCACCUCAGGUCUAUUUCUGCUUGAGGGUACCUAGUGCAUUGGGCUGCUUAGCUACUGUGUGGGAUGAGGCUAGGGCGUUCCUGGCUUCCUCCAAGUUCUGCUCUCACACACUCAUAACUUCUCAGGCCUGGAGAUGGACUGCCCAGGAAGCAGUUGUUCUGUAAGCUGGAGGUACUUGUUGAUGUGGGGAUGGACGACACUGGGUAGAUUCUAGUUUUUAACUGUUAUUAAUGUGGGGGAAUAAAUUAAGUGUCACAUGAUUCUGGUGUCUGUAAAACCUUCUCUGUGGUCUCUAAAUAUGGAGGCCUGAGUGAAGGAGACUGAAGUGGAUGUGGGCAUUGUUAGUUUGAUUAUGUUUAAUACUUGUGACAGGUAGUUUAGAAUCUGUGAUUGACAGGAAAGCUCUGCCUACAUGGAGACUGUCUUCAGUAGCCAUGUAUGCACCCUAAAUCAUAGGAUCCUUCUGCCAAUCAAAUCAGCUGUUGCUCUUGGUUUGGGGUGUGAGACAGUGUACCAGAGACUUUAAAAGUGUACCUGUUCGUUCUAAAUUAUCCAAAGACUGUACAAAUUUUAAAAUAAAAUUCUUUUUCAAAAAUC